AUGGAAGAGGUCUUUUGGAAGCAAAAGUCAAGAAAUUCAUGGAUAGAAGAAGGUGAUAAGAAUACUAGUUUCUUCCACACGUCGGCAAAUGAAAAGAUUAGAAGAUCCUCUAUUCAAUCUAUCAUCUUAGAAGAUGGAACUGUCAUAACAGAUCAUGGGGAAAUCAAGGCGGUGGCUGUGUCAUUUUUCCAAGAAUUAUUCCAGGCGGAAGAAGUCUCAUCCACGUCAAAAUUUAUUCAAAACAUCCUGCAAUGGCUAGAUCAACAAGAUAACGAUGCUUUAUUAAUUCCUCCCUCAAUGGACGAAGUGUUCGCUACUAUCCAAUCCAUCCCCACGGACGAAGCCACUGGCCCAAAUAGAUUCUUGGCAUCUUUUUUCGCUUCUAGCUGGAAAAUUGUUAGAGUGGAUAUUCACAAAGCUAAGGUCGCCCUGAUUUCCGGGGUGCCUCUUCCAAGAGAGCAAGGAGCUUUCGUCCAAGGAAGGUACAUUGCGGAGAACAUUACUCUCACCCAAGAAGCGAUGCGCGAGAUAGAUAGAAAAGCCAGGGGAGGAAAUCUUAUCCUUAAGCUUGAUCUUGAAAAGGCUUACGACAAGAUCUUAGAAGCUUGUUGGGGUAAUAAUUGGUUUUCCAUUCUUAUCAACAACGAAGCUACAGGGUUCUUCAAAUCGUCUAGAGGUCUUCAUCAGAGCGACCCUCUAUCCCCGACUCUAUUCAUCAUAGCUAUGGAAGCUUUUUCUAUAAAUUUGCAAAAGCUGAUCCGUCCUUCUCAUAGAGCUAUGAAGAACUUCCUGCAUAUCUUCCAAGCAGCGACAGGUCAGAAAAUAAAUUCUAGCAAAAGCAGUUAUAUUGGUCCAUCAAAAUGGACGUCAUCCAGAAAUAGAAACACAGAAAGGUUGCUGGGAUUUGGCAGAGCUAGGGAUGGUAUGCAAUACCUAGGGGCUCCUCUUACGAGAGGAAGGAUUAGAACGGCUAGUUUUCAGUUCUUGCUGGACAAGGUCAGUAAACGGAUCUCCGGUUGGGUGGCCAUGCACAUCUCCCAGGCUAGUAGAGCUACUCUGAUAUGCCACGUUUUGGGGAGCUACCCUAUUCACAUCAUGGCUGCAUUGCACAUACCUGGGCAGGUAAUUCAAAGGUUAGAAAGUAAUUUUGCUGAUUUUUUUUUCUGGGGAUGGGCUGAAGGGAAGAAAAAGUUUCAUUGGCUUACUUGGAAGAAAGUUGCCAGACCAAAAGAGGAAGGAGGCCUAGGGAUCAGGAACCUUAGGGAGGUCUUGAAUGCCUUGCGUAUGAAGCUGGCAUGGGCUGUCAAAUACGGAAACAACCAGGGGCCAUGGGUCAAGCUGAUGCGCGCCAAACAUGAAAGAGAAUUGCAGGACGUCAUUCCAGCAACGGUGCAGCGGAAUUCAUCCCUUAUCUGGAAGAAAAUUAGGGAAUUUCUUCCAACAGUUCAAGAGCACACUCCAUGGACUGUCGAACACGGUGAUGCAAACAUCUGGAAAUACAACUAG